UAAUUGUCUCUUCAGACAUGUUGGAAGCUUCUUCAAACAUGGAUCCCCCUAGAAAUGAAGGGGAUAUGAAACCAACAAAUCUUGAAGAAGUAAAAGAGGAAGGUCCUCUCUUUUCUUGUAAUCUAUUUGAUGCAGAAAUGGUUCGAAAGGUAGCACAGGAAUUCCUUACAGGAUUAGCCUCUGCUUGUGUUGACAACACGACUGGUGGUUUAUUCAAGAGCCCUGCUUCUAUGGCUGUUGAUAUCAGAAGAGAAAUGGUCGACUAUCUUAUCCAGAGAAGUGAGACAUUCGUUGCUGAAUCAGUUGUUUUAGAAGGUGGAACAGAAACCAUAGUGUCGGACAACCCUUAUGAUAACAUUUCAGAUUUCAUCGAUGAUUUUGGUCAGUCCAAGAGAAAUUUUUUUAGUAGGGUUUCAGGUUGGUUACUAAGUGAAAGAAGAGAGGAUAGAAUAGAUGAUUUUGUACAAGAAAUGGAAAUAAAUGGCUUUUGGUUGAUGGCUAGGAGGGAAACCGUGGCACAAACAGUAAUUCGAAACGUUGAUUUCAAAAACACCUUUCACUGCAAUAUGAAGUCUAAGUCUGAAGAAGAGCUUGCGAGACAUGUCAUUUCAUGUGGUUUCAGGGAAAUACACUGUGAAAAUGAGGGUUGUAAUGCAAGAUUUAGUGCAGCUCAACAUGAACAACAUGAUUCGGAGUGUCCUUUCAAAAUACUUCAGUGUGAGCAGAAGUGCCCAGAAAUGCUUAUGAGACGUGAAAUGGACCGGCAUUGUAUAACUAUUUGUACAAUGAAGCUUGUCAAUUGUUCCUUUUAUCCCGUUGGUUGCCAAUCGACUGUUCCGCAAUGCAAAGCAGACGAACACCGUAAAGAGAAUCUCCAAUCUCACUUGGUCUACAUUUUAAAACUUAUUUACAAGGAAGCAUCUUCAGAAGCUCUUAAGAAAAGGGCUCAACAAUUGGAACAGGUAAGCUAUGAAAUGGUUUGUGUAACUUAUACUUUUUUCGAGCAUUCAAUGAUUCAAGUGACAUUAUGUUGUCAGUUUGUUAGAUUUUACUGUGCCCAGGGGCAGAUCUAUGAAGAAGGGUGGAUAGUAGAGGAGCUAGGAUUUUCAUUAAGGGAGCUCAUAAGGGGGUCAACUAAAUUCAAGAGGAAACACAUUUCAGCUAUAUUUCUGUUGUUGCGAAAUUCAUGAUCAUUUGGCCAACUUCUGAGAUAUUACUUUUUAGAUAAUAAGAAUAACUAUAGUAAACAGGCAACAUCAGGUGAUAUGUUCUUUUAUUCUCAUAAACAGGCAACAUCAGGUGGACGAUUAGCAGCUGCUCGUGAUGCAAGAUCAUUAACAACUGCAAUUAAGAAUAUUAAUGCAAAGCUUGGACCAUUGGAGGUUGAGAAAAAGAUAGAAGUCAAUCCGGAGUUGACAGAACAAAAAGGAGAGGGAACGGAUGUAUCCAGCAAGAAUGAAAAGUCUCCAGACUCACCCAAGACUCAGCAUGACCUUGCAGCUACGCCCGCCAAAGUGGAGUCACCUACCAAAUCAGUGGAUGUUGUGGAACCAACUAGCAAAGCACAAGUGCAAGAAGACUCAAUAGAUAUAUCCUACAACAAACAUAGGAGCACCGAACCUCUGGUAAAAAAUGUAUUAUCUCCAACAGCGCUUAAUGAAGAAUCUUCUAAGUCACCUCAAGACGUCACAACUUCCUCAUCCAAAAGUGAAGAGUCUACCCUAUCCCCCAUGAAACACAAAGACUCUUCCUCACCUGAAAUCGAUACACAUGAAACUAAAGAUUCUACGCCAUCACCCAAAAAACAACAUGACUCCACUGCUUCCGCACCCAAAAUGAGUACACAUGAGCCUAAUCCAUCACCAAAACAACACCAUGACUCCACAGCUUCCUCACCUAAAAUGAGUACACAUGAUCCUAAUCCAUCACCAAAAAAACACCAUGACUCCACAGCUUCCUCACCCAAAAUGAUUAUACAUGACUCUACUCCAUCACCAAAGAAACACCACGAGUCUACAACUUCCUCACCUAAAACGGGUAUGCAUGAGUCUACUCCGUCACCAAAGAAACACCAUGAGUGUACAUCUUCCUCACCUAAAACGGGUAGACAUGAGUCUACGACAUCACCAAUGAAACACCAUGACUCCACAACUUCCUCCCCUAAAAUGGUUACUCAUGAAUCUACUCCAUCACCGAAAAAACACCAUGACUCCACAACUUCUUCACCUAAAGUGAGUACACAUGAGUCUACAUAAUAACCAAAGAAACACCAUGACUCUAAGCCUUCACUCGAAAUGGAGUAUGCAAAAAGUGAAGAGUCUAUUCCAUCAACCAAUAACCAGUAGGACUCAAAAAGAAACGAAGAGCCUAAGUCAACAAUCGAAAGUAGAUGAACGUGUAACAACCAAAUGAAGUACAUACUUGAAAUAGUCAAACUAUGUAGAAAAAAUGAAGUUAAUUUUGAUCUUUAUAGCAAUCUUUACCUUAUAGAAAGAGGAAAAGGUUUUUUCA